AUUCGCGAUAACGCUUCACGCGCGUGUAUAUGUGCAUGUGUAUGCGCGCGCAUGCACGCUCAACACAUGUGUAAAUGCGUCAUGGCGCAUGUCAAAUUGUACGUCUGCCGCUAUCAGCUCGUCUGCGUCCCGCAGCCCGCAGCACGGAUAUUUCUCGCGGUUUUGAAAUAAUGUUGCCGAGUUGUCCGUGGAAAUAGGUGUCCGGGUGCCGCAAGUGCCGCGUCGCGUUGUCAUCACCGGAGCCGUAAGGAUGGCGGAAUCGAGCGGGCCGAUUCUUCACGUCAUCGUCAUCGGGUUUCACCACAAGAAAGGCUGUCAGGUAGAAUACUCGUUUCCACCUUUGGUGCCCGGUGCGCCUAACGAGUGCCCGUUGGGAUGGAAGUAUCUGCCCACGCUCGCCCUGCCCGACGGUUCCCAUAACUACGACGAGGACACAGUCUAUUUUCACUUACCUAGUCUAAACGAUCCGAAACGUACGAUAUACGGCAUUUCAUGCUUCCGCCAAAUACCUGUGGAGAAACUAAAGAAUCGUACGUCUGACAUAACAAGAGGCACUGUUCAGAAGUCAGUUUGUGUGCUAAGCACUUUGCCUCUGUACGGACACAUUCAGGUAAAAAUGGCCUUGAUAACACACGCAUAUUUCGAGGAAGGAGAUUUUAGUAAAGUAUCCUUACUGGAGGAUACUUAUCAUCAUCUUAAUUCGUGUAUGAGCGGCGAAAGUCAUAUACCGCCGCAAAUUUUUGUUGGUUUGUCUGCAAGAGAUUUUAUAUUGCAAUUCCGUCACAAAGUGUUACUUUUAUUUAAAUUGCUCUUGCUUGAGAAAAGGAUAGUCUUUUAUCAAUCACCUGUACAGCCACUGUGCGCCACGAUAUUGACUCUACUGUCACUGUAUCCAGACAUGAUUGAACAUGGUCUCCAACAAGCGGCUUGUGUGAGACCAUCCAGGCCGAUGUCUCCGAUUCCGACUUUCGAUGAGGAAGAAAUAUCAACGAAUAAUGUCGACGAUUCCAACUUGUCAUCCACCCGCAUCGUCAAAGACGAUAUGUCAAACGCCACGAGCCACGAGCAGUGCAACGAUAACAGCAAUAGAAAUUCCUUGUGCAUUAACGACAACAAAACUAUGGAGUCGAUGGAGGGUAAAUGUUUGGACGGACUACAGCAUGUAACCCUACAGAAGAAUAAUAACGACAAUGAAAAUCUAAGUAUGAAGGUCAUCGAAAUAGAAUCGGCACAAGAAUGCACCGAAUCUUACCUGGAGGAAAGCGAUUCUAAAUAUUCGCCGAAGCCGAACGAUAACGUACACAGAGUACAUAGUGUAAACGCCAUCACAUUAAGCACGGGCGACACGGAUAAUAGUUUACCUCGUGACACGAGUAGCGAUGCGCUUUCUGACGCGAGAUUAACGAAUAACAUUACGCAAAUUGCGCAUGUUAAUCCGGAGUUGUGCGGCCUACCUUUAGAGUUAUUUACAAAGGGUUAUCUCUGUUUACCUUACUUGUCUUUGCCCUAUUUGGAUCUCUUGGGGGAUAUUAAUGUUAGAGGAUAUAUAGUAGGCGCUACAAAUGUGCUGUUUAAACAAAAGAAGCAGUUAAUCGAUGUGCUAGUCGAGGUUGAAAACACGCGGAUAGAGGCGACCGAUCCCGAGCUGAGGCGGCAGCUGCAUCUCACCACGGAGGACUUGAGAUUCGCCGAUUACGUGGUAAGGCAUGUAGCCGAGCCUCGGAAGGAUAUUUUUCUGGACGGGGUGGGAUGGGAGGGUGGCGACGAAUGGAUCAGAACACAGUUCCGGGUGUACCUAUUGAGCAUGCUGCGUACAUCCAUGCAACAGGAUACUCGUCAGUCGGAUCACUACAAUGCAGCAUUCAUGUCCGCGUGGCGCGCUACAAAUAAUUACAAGGCGUGGUGUAGCGCGAACAAACCGGAAAUACUCAAUAUCGAGCCUGGUCAUCCCUUUGCUGGUCAGCUGUCGGUGCAAGAUAUGAAAUUACGUUUAUCACACACGAUGCAAAAUACGGAAAGUGGCAGAAAGUUGAAUCAAGCAAUGGCAUCGACUGGGCGCGCAGUGGCCACUACUGGGAAAGCUGUGGGGGGAGCGCUGUCGCAAGCAAAAGGGGCGUUCUCAAACUGGUGGAGCACGUUGACAACAGUUCAGCCGGUCGAUGAGGCAAAGAUUGACAAUCAGACGACAAACAACCAUCACGCAGUAUCCAGCGUCACGGACAAAGAGUCUGUUGAAGACGAGGAGUUGAAUUUCUCUGCCACCAAUAACGCGGAUCUUACCGUAGACCUUGAUUAAUACGAAAACAUAUGCCGAUGAGAAAUGAAAAAACGAUCACGUGUGAUCCAAGCUAAAAAUACGAGAUAUCGGACAUUGGUACAGAGCGUAAUAUAAAGAUACGUAAAACUGAAACGAAAAAAUUCCUUGCAAGACGUCGUGUACGACGUGCUUGUUAAACGACCGAAUUUUUUAAAGCAUUUCAGUUUUAGCGAGAGAAGUUGUGAAGUAAGAAAGUAAACCCGCGUACGCGCGUACAACAGACUAUAUUAAUGUGAUAUAUAGGAGAUUUUUUAAGCUGUCCGGCAAAUGCUAGUUAAGCCGAUAUAUUAUUGAUUUGAGUACAAGUUUUUGUAAUUUCCGUCAAAUAUAUUUUGUAUAUAUAAUUUCUAUAUUGUUUGUAAGAUAUGUGAUAUAAUUUCGUUAUGAAAAGACACGUAACUAUCGCCAGUGAUCUUGUACUCAACUUUUUCAAUGUUGCAUGCAAUUAAGCAACACUAUAAAAAUGUCAAUCAAUUUUAAACCUAAGUAAUAGACAAAGCAUUUUUUUCAGUCGCAAAUCUGAACUAUUCUCGAAGGCUAUACUACAUUUACACAUGUAAUAUUACAUCCAAUAAUAUUAUUGUUUCGUUUAUACAUAGAGAUAUUCUCGCUUAAGAAGUACCUGUAUCCUUUGUAUAUAAAAAAUGUUUACGCGCACGUUUACAUCGCGAUUAUCAUGAUGAUUUUUCGCGCGGUUCGCGUAUCAUCUCGACGAGAUCUUACGUCUUAUUUACCGCUCGGAUCGAAAGAGUACAUUAUCCUUUAGGCACAUAUAAAAGAAACGCGAGAAGAGUGGCAUGUUUGACGUACGCCACAUCGCACAUUAUCGAUCGUAGCAAAUUUCUAUCUGCAGGGUUUUCAAUAUUUUGUAUUGUCGUGAGUAGCGGAUUACAUGUAGAGGAUGGGCGGAAAGUUCGGAACUGGGACAGCCGAUAUCCGACAAGACAUAAACAUUGUACAUUGUUCCAUAAUUCAUUUCACUAAGGCUAAUCCUGUUAUUGACAAUAUUGCUACCUCCAUUUAUUGUCGAGAUUACACCGUACGAUUAGUUUCGUGUACCUACAACACGACGCUCCCUCAUAAUUCGAUAGAUCGGUAAUGAAAGAUCUAAAUCGAGAUAGAUAGUUGUUAAGCUGACUGUAUCCUUGUCGGAAUAAAUUGUUAGCUUUAUCGCCAAGAUCGUGGACGAUCAUUCGUGGAACGAAGAGCUGCCGUUAAUCAUCGUAGCAGAGUUACGAUUCAAUUAAGCUUAGAGCACCCAUGUAGAUCAUUUGUAGUGCUACUAGCGUAGUCAUUAUAUAGUAACACGUAUAUCUGAUUAAGGUAAGAAAGUUUUUCUUCGCCAUAAUAUUCGCAGAGUUACGCGAAAAGCGUUUUGUAGGAGGUAUUAUUAAUUUACGAUUCGCCCCUUUCUAGAGCUUAAUCGUACUUAAUAUUCGCUCUAUUUUUACACCGUUUUUACGUUAACCAAGUGAAUCUCAAACGGCCACAUUUGGCGCUAAAUAUCGAUUUUUGUUACAGUUGUCAAAUCGAUCUGUCAAAUUUUAAGCUGUUAUUUAAUAAAAGGCGACACGUAGUAAUUAUGCGAGCUGUUUAUAUUGAAAACGAUCGAGAAUAUCUAAUCUCAAUGGCAAAUUUUAUCUCAUUUAAAUCUGUCCUCGUACACACAACCACCACUGUUUUCAGAAUAAACGGUUCACACGCCAGUUUAGAUUAAGGUAUCAUAGGUGCAUCUUUGUGAUAUUUAGUUUGUCAUAAUCUGCGACUUGAUUUAAAUUUCUUCGAAGAGAAUUCGUCGGGGUGUUAGGGUAUGUCUUUAUUUAUAUGAGUAAAGUGUGCCAAAUGUGGAGCGUGUACAUUUUUAGGAGUAUCGAUGUCUGGGCGAAAUGUAUUUUGCAAACGGCGGCGCGAUGCAAAUUCAGACGCGAAAAACGGCCAAGCUGCUAAUAUAAUAAACGGAAUCGACGUUGGACAUUUAAUAAUUUUAUUAAACAUUCGAUAACAUUAUCGUCUUUGAUAAACGAUCGACUUUUUUUUCGAUCCCUUGCCAUCAUAGAAAAAUUAUGAAUCCUCCUCGAACGACAUAUAUUUGAAUUUAUGCGAAUAACGAAUUUUGCUCGCGCUGUCUUUAGCAUUAUUAUACAGAAAACAUAAACGUUUCGUAUACAUUUUUAUUUGAAGUCGUUUAUAACACGACGUUUGUACAUACAUUUUAUUUAUUACAACACAAAUAUAUUUUUCAGCGGCAUUUUUUUCGCGAAAUUGCAGGAUCUUAAUAUUGUAUAGUUGUUAAGAUUUUCUCUUUGCGAUCGAAUUACGAACGCGCUCGAUGUAUAAAAUAUUCUAUUUGAUUUAUCACCGAUCGAAACAAAAAUGAUAAAAGCAGAAAAUUCGACGAUCCCUUUGCACAGCUUUAGAUGUGAUUAUAUUAUCGCAAGAAGUUAUUUAAGACCCUCCUUCUCCCGCCCACAUUGGAUAUAACUGAAUAUGUUUUCUAUAUAUUUAUAAAACGCAAGUUUGUACAGCUUACGAAAAUGUAAGGAGAACGGAGUGUCACGAUCUGAGAAACGACUUAUUGUACUGUACUGUAUUGUAUCCUAUGACUGUAGAGUACCACCAUUCGUCAAAAUAUUAAAAGAAAUAAUAUCUAAUUCUGAA